CUUUCUCCCACCACACACACAUAUCGUCACCGCCUACGCAUCGUCACCGCCGCAAGAAAUCGUCAUGACCGAGGAUCAAUCGCUUAGUGAUGAUGCCGUGGAUACAACGCUGCCCGUCGCUCAUUUCGGGCAACUGAAUCUUCCGUCCGAGACCGACUCCCAGCUGAGCCGCCGUGAAGCUGUCCCCAGGUCUAACAAAAAGUUCCACGGUCAAUACAGGGUCUGGGAGCUUCCCACGAGGCAAGCUGCGAAUCGUCAUGUCCGAAGACACUAUGAAAGCCGUGGUAAUAAUACACAGUCUACUACACCAACAUCUCACAGACCCCGCGGAUUGCGCCCAAACAGUAAAAUGCUCUCCAUUCCCGAGAUGAUGCAAAUUAUUCACCAAAUGGAGAAUCCCUCCUAUCGAAAAAAGCGCACUGGGGAGGAUUCAUUGCCUAGCAAGAAUCACAGUAUACGCCGGACAAUGAGAAGCCGGUCGACCCAACAUGGUCAUAAUCUCUUGCAGCACCAAACUGCUUAUCCCAUGCGCGGAAAUACAGCCAGCGACAUUGCCUUGUCCCCAUCGGAAGAGGCGGAUUUCCUGUCGACGGUACAGGACGCGUUAUACGCAUCAAUACAAACAAGAUCUUUCCAAAAUAUCCUCUCUCUGCCGACACUUUCCCUCCCAGGAUUGGACAAACUUUCUCCUACGCAAAGGCAACUGCUGAGCUUCUUUGAGUGUGAGACGGUCGAAAGGAUAUCAACCUCGGCCAGCUCCCGAGUAGAGUUCUGCCGUGUAAUUAUCCCCAUUGCUCUCCAAUACGAGCAUGUGCUUCUCGCACUUCUUUGCCUCACAUCAUUAUACCGCACGUCGGCCGGACUGGAUCAAGACAAGGAGACUGCAAACAAUCUACGUGUUAUUGCUAUUCGCCAACUUAACGAGACGUUACAUACGGGAGAUGAAAAUCGGCUCGUGGCUGCCUUGGCAACAAGUAUAUUACUCGCUCUAGGGGAGAUCAUCUCGCCGAUAAGCGACCAACAUUGGAACGUCUUCCUUCGCGGUGCGAGUGCCGUGCUAGGUGCCCUCGGAAACUCGAAUAAUACACCUGAAGUAGCGUUUAUGAGGCGCAUGUCUCUCUCGCUUAGACAAGUCACUGCGAGUACUUCUUCAGCAAGGUCCACCAAGGAAAAAGAGUGGACAAUGCAAGACAGCUAUAUUUGCGAUAUUGCUGGCUAUUCUACCUCGCUUGGCCCUGUUCUCGAAGAUGUUCGAGAAUUCUGCAGGGCACAUGAUGCGGAUCCUACUGCAGUGCAUAACCCCAAGAGCCGCUUAUACUACAAGUACAUUCGGCUCUAUGAGAAGAUACAAUUCAUGUUAUCCGUACAAACAACCCCCCGGUUUCGGCCUGGUGUUAUCCUUUCCGCGCAAGAAAAACAAAAUCUACGACUACUAAACGAAACUUUUCACCACGCGGGACUUCUUCGACUGCACGCAUGCAUGCACACGGCUCAGAAGCCGUUAUCUCGAGCCAUCAGGACAUCUGUACGGCGGAUUAUUGACAAUGUAGCAGCCAUGGACCUCUCUAGGAAGCCAAACCCCGCCAUCUGCCUCUAUUACCCGUUGUUUGAAGCGUGCAAACAUGCGGCAAUGCAAGAAGACCGGGACAUGCUUCUAGAUUUGAUACAAAAGGCUCACGCGUCGUGUCCUAUCGCUCAUUUUCCCAUGAUUCGCCAAAUAGCAAGAUUAAUGUGGCAGUAGUAUGUGUCUUAAUAAAAGGCAACAUGAUUUGCAGUUGUUUAAGUAAGUGGGAAUUAAGGCUUUUGUUUUAAAAGAAUAGGGUUGUGACUGCUAAUGAUAGCAGGCGGCGGCUGGUGCCCGGCGGGUGGAUGUCUUCCUUUUCCAGCAGACGAUUAUUAUUAUUAUUAUUAUUAUUAUUUCAACAGAUAUAUCAUCGUACACCAUGAAAACAUGGUGAGGACAACCUCAGAAAGGGCCUCGACUCUCUUAGCCGCUUCAGCGGGCGAAAUAUGUCCGACGACAAGCCACAAGCGGGGCGCAAGCGGACAGACAAUAACUUAUACGAUAUUUCUUUGCCGUCGGCAAGUCCAUAAUCUAGUGCCGAUCCAAGACGCCUCUUGCGCCAUCAUACGCCAGCAGCAUCUUGUUGUAGGAUCUGUCAUCUUCGAUAUAAGAGCCCAUCUUGUCCAUUGAGCUUCUCCCAACAAAGAAAUAAACAGCCCUUCACACACUGCAUUACCUAAUAUAAAUAUACUCUUGCCCCCA